AUGACGACCAACGACCUCUGUCAGGCCCUGCUCGGACAAUAUCCUUUACACUCUGAUGUGUGCGUUUUUGUUUGUUUGUUUGUCUGCCUGUGUGUGUGUCAAAGUGUGUGUGUUGUCCUUAACGUGUCCCACCUACAACAGUAAGCGUGUGUGUGGCCAGGAUCAGGAAGAGGGGAAGGAGGCCCUCUAUAGGAAGAGGAAGGUUUUACACCUGGUCUCUCACUGGACACACCUAUAUAAGGACUUCCUACGAGAGGAUGAACACAUCAAGACAUUCAUGAAGGUAGGACACACACACUGGUUAUUACAUACAUGUGUGUACGAUAACGCAUAUACUUAGGUUUUGAUGAAUGUGCUGGCAUGGGAAAUAUCAUCACUGCAUAUACAUACACACACACUGAUCACUUGCCCUGCUGUAACGUGCUGUGUUACCAUGGUAACCAGAGUGUGAAGGUUGUCAUGGGGAUAAUUUAGUGUAACCCAGGUGAUAGUUGCCUAGUAACAGGCAGGAAAGGGGAUGUAUGCUACAUAUCAGUGAUAAGUGUGUGUGUGUGUGUGUGUGCUUGUGAAUUUGUAGCUAUGUUUUCCCCCAGCACAUGUCAGCACAUAAAUAUACAGUACUUAAACCUAAAUAUAUCUCUAUAACUGUCUGUUAGAGGUGUAUAUUAAUGUGUGUGUGUGUGUGUGUGUGUGUGUGUGUGUGUGUGUGUCAGACUCUCUCUAGGUGUUUGUUAGAGGAUCUUUAUGAGUUUCCAUCUCUGGAGAAAGACAUGAAGGAGUUCCAGAAGCUUCUACGACGCAGACAGUGAGUGUGUGUAUAUAUGUGUGUGUGUGUGUGUGUGUGUGUGUUUAUGUAUGUGUUUAUGUACAGUACCAGUCAAAAGUUUGGACACACCUACUCAUUCCAGGGUUUUUCUUUAUUUUAACUAUUUUCUACAUUGUAGAAUAAUAGUGAAGACAUCAAAACUAUGAAAUAACACAUAUGGAAUCAUGUAGUAACCAAAAAAGUGUUAAACAAAUCAAAAUAUAUUUAUAUUUGAGAUUCUUCAAAUAGCCACCCUUUGCCUGAAUGACAGCUUUGCACACUCUUGGCAUUAUCUCAACCAGCUUCACCUGGAAUGCUUUUCCAACAGUCUUGAAGGAGUUCCCACAUAUGCUGAGCACUUGUUGGCUGCUUUUCCUUCACUCUGCCGUCUGACUCAUCCCAAACCAUCUCAAUUGGGUUGAGGUUGGGGGAUUGUGGAGGCCAGGUCAUCUGAUGCAGCACUCCAUCACUCUCCUUCUUGGUAAAAUAGCCCUUACACAGCCUGGAGGUGUGUUGGGUCAUUGUCCUGUUGAAAAACAAAUGAUAGUCCCACUAAGCCCAAACCAGAUGGGAUGGCAUAUCGCUGCAGAAUGUUGUGGUAGCCAUGCUGGUUAAGAGUGCCUUGAAUUCUAAAUAAAUGAUAGACAGUGUCACCAGCAAAGCACCCCCACACCUCCUCCAUGCUUUACGGUGGGAAAUACACAGACGGAGAUCAUCCGUUCACCCACACCGCGUCUCACAAAGACACGGCGGUUGGAACCAAAAUCUCCAAUUUGGACUCCAGACCAAAGGACAGAUUUCCACCGGUCUAAUGUCCAUUGCUCGUGUUUCUUGGCCCAAGCAAGUCUCUUCUUCUUAUUGGUGUCCUUUAGUAGUGGUUUCUUUGCAGCAAUUCGACCAUGAAGGCCUGAUUCACACAGUCUCCUCUGAACAGUUGAUGUUGAGGUGUGUCUGUUACUUGAACUCUGUGAAGCAUUUAUUUGGGCUGCAGUUUCUGAGGCUGGUAACUCUAAUGAACUUAUCCUCUGCAGCAGAGGUAGCUCUGGGUCUUCCUUUCCUUUGGCGGUCCUCAUGAGAGCCAGUUUCGUCAUAGCGCUUGAUGGUUUUUGCGACUGCACUUGAAGAAACUUUCAAAGUUCUUGAAACUUUCCGUAUUGACUGACCUUCAUGUCUAAAGUAAUGAUGGACUGUCGUUUCUCUUUGCUUAUUUGAGCUGUUCUUGCCAUAAUAUGGACUCGGUCUUUUACCAAAUAGGGCCAUCUUCUGUAUACCCUCCCCACCUUGUCACAACACAACUGAUUGGCUCAAACGCAUUAAGAUGGAAAUAAAUUCCAUAAAUUAACUUUUAAGAAGGCACACCUGUUAAUUGAAAUGCAUUCAAGGUGACUACCUCAUGAAGCUGGUUGAGAGAAUGCCAAGAGUGUGCAAAGCUGUCAUCAGGGCAAAAGGUGGCUAUUUGAAGAAUCUCAAAUAUAAAAUAUAUUUUGAUUUGUUUAACACUUUUUUGGUUACUACAUGAUUCCAUAUGUGUUAUUUCAUAGUUUUGAUGUCUUUACUAUUAUUCUACAGUGUAGAAAAUAGUAAAAAUUAAGAAAAACCCUUGAAUGAGUAGGUAUGUCCAAACUUUUGACUGGUACUGUAUGUGUUUAUGUGUGUGAGUAUGUGUGUAUGCACAUUGUGUGUUGGUUGUCUGUGUACAGCACAAGGACCCCAUUGUUUAUAUGAGACAUGAACACAGCCUAGGCAUGGGUGUGUGUCUGUCUGUGGCGGGAUAGAGGAAAUGGAAGCUUCAAUUGUCAAGUCAAUCUUUCUUUAUGAACAAGCAAAUAUGGAGUUGUAUGUUUAUUUGUUUCUCUGUUUGUUUGUGUUUCAGCACGGUGGAUGAAUGUCCUCCACAACAAAAGGUGAGAGGGAGGGAAGUGGGGUGAGGGUAGAAAGAGAAGAUGGGGGAGAGAGGGAGGGAAGAGGGGCGAGGGUAGACAGAGAAGAUGGAGGAGAGAAGAGGGGCGAGGGUAGACAGAGAAGAUGGAGGAGAGAGGGAGGGAAGAGGGGCGAGGGUAGACAGAGAAAUGAGUAGAGAGGGAGGGAAGAGGGGGAUGGUAGACAGAGAAGAUGGAGGAGAGAGGGAGGGAAGAGGGGCGAGGGUAGACAGAAGAUGGAGGAGAGAGGGAGGGAAGAGGGGGAGGGUAGACAGAGAAGAUGGGGGAGAGAGGGAGGGAAGAGGGCGAGGGUUAGAAAGAGGGGAGAAAGAGGGAGGGAAGAGGGCGAGGGUAGGACAGAGAAGAUGGAGGAGAGAGGGAGGGAAGAGGGGCGAGGGUAGACAGAGAAGAUGGAGGAGAGAGGGAGGGAGAGGGGCGAGGGUAGACAGAGAAGGAGGAGGAGAGGGGGGGAGGAAGGGGUUGGAGGGGGAGAGGGCGAGGGUUGACAGAGAAGAUGGAGGAGGGGGGGGGGGAAAAAGAGGGGCGGGGGUGACAGAGAAGAGGGAAAAAAAUAGGGGGGGAGGGAAAGGGGCGGGGGUUUUUAAUUAGAAAAAAAGGGGAAAGAAAAGGGGGGGGGGGAAGAGGGGCAAAGGGUAAAAACGAGAAGAUGAGGGGGGGGAAAGAGGGGGGGGUUUUGACAGAAAAGGGAAGAGGGGGGGAAAGGGGGGGUUUAGGGUAAAAGGGAAAAAAAGAUGGAGGAGAGAGGGAGGGGGAAAGGGGGGGCGGGGUUUAGACGAAAAGAGGAGGAGAAAAGGGAAGGGGGCGGGGGAGGGGGCGGAGGGAAAAAAGAAGAGGGGGGGAGGGAAGAGGGGCGGGGGUAGACGAAAAGAUGGGGGGAAGGGGGGGGGGAAACGGGGGGCGGGGGAAAACCCGGAAAGAGGGGGGGGGAAGAGGGGGGGAAGAGGGGGGAGGGUAGCCCGAGAAGAUGGGGGAGGAGGGGGGAAGAGGGGGAGGGUAAAGGGAAAAGAAGAUGGGGAGGGGAGGGGGGGGGGGGGGGGGUUAGACAGAAAGAUGGGGGGAAAGAGGGGAGAGGGAGGGAAGGGGGGGCGAGGGUAACAGAGAAGAGGGAGGAAAAGGGAAAAGGGGGGGAAAGGGGCGAGGGAGAAAAGAGAAAUGGGAGGGGAGAGGGAGGGAAAGAGGGGCGGGGGUUUAGACGAAGUGGAGGAGAGAGGGGGGAGGGGGGGGUGGGGGAAAAAAGAUCUGUCCUCCCAAAUUUAAUUUUUAAUGGUUUAAUCCAACGGUUUUUUUCCCCCCCCUUCUACCCAAAAGCUUUUAUCUUCCCCUUCCCCCCCCCUCUUUUUAUCCUUCCCCCCAUCCCUUCCCCCUCUCCAUUUUCCCCAUUUCUCCCCCCCACCCCUCUACCCCCCCUUUUUCCCUCUCGCUCCAUCCCUUCAUCCCUGUCCCCAAACCCCCCCCUCCCCACCCUUCACCCCCCCCUUCCUCUCUCUCCUUUCCCUUUUGUCCAUCCCUUCAUCCCUGCCCUCCAUCCCCUCCCCAUUCCUUCGCUCCACCCCUUUUUUUCAUCCCGGGCUCCACUCCCCUCCAUUCCUCUCGCUCCACCCUUCACCCCUGUUUUUCCUUUCUCCCCUCCUUUCCUUUUCCCCGUCCCUCCCCUUCCCUUUCCUUCAACCCUUUUCCCCCAAAAUCUCCCCUCCUUCCUUUUCGCCCCCCAUCCCUUCAUCCCUGCCCCCAAUCUCUCUCCAUUCCCCCCGGCUCCAUCCCUUCCCCCCUGUCUCCAUCCUCUCCAUUCCUCUCGCCCCAAAUCCCUUUCCACCCCUUUUCCCCCACCUCCCCUCCAUUUUCCCCUCCCUCUUUCCUCCCCCGCUCCUUUCCCCUUCAUCCCUGUCCCCCUCUCUCUCCUUUCCCCCUUCCCCCUUUCUCCCCCCCUUUCCCAUCCCUCAAACCCCUUUCUCUCCUUUCCCUCUCGCUCCAUCCCUUCAUCCCUGUCCCUCUCUCCCCUUUCCCUCCGCCCCAAUCCCUUAAACCCCUGCUCCAUCUCUUCCUUUCCUCUCGCUCCACCCCCUUCAUCCCGGUCCCCACCCCUCCUUUCCUCUGCUCCACCCCUUCACCCCUGUCUCCAUUUCCCCCCUUCCUUCGCUCCACCCCUUUCCUCCCUGUCUAAAUUUCUCCUUUUCCUCUCCCCCAUCCCUUCAUUCCCUCCAUUCCUCUCGCCCCCUUCCUUUAACCCCCUUUUCCCCAUCCUCUCCUUCCCUUCCCCCUUUUCCAACCCCUUCAUCCCGGUUCCAUCUUUUCCCCCUUCCCCUUCGCCCCACCCUUGCAUCGACCUGUCUCCAUCUCUCUCCAUUCCUCUGCUCUUUCCAUCCGCUGCCUCCCUGGUUCUCCCAUCUCUCUUCUCCAUUCCUCCUCGUCAUCCCCAUCCCUUCAUCCCUGUCUCCAUCUCUCUCCAUUCCUCUCGCUCCAUCCCUUCAUCCCUGUCUCCAUCUCUCUCCAUUCCUCUCGCUCCAUCCCUUCAUCCCUGUCUCCAUCUCUCUCCAGAGUAAACCUAUGUUCCAGCAGCGCAGUUUAAAAGAGAACAGUCUGCCGCUCCGCCCCCAUCAGGUUGACACCAAGGAGGGUGAGAACACACACACAGACACGUGA